UCUAAGUGUAAAAAGAAAUGAGCUAGCUAUAGAGUAACAAGCUGUGUCUGUUCAUCGAGUGAAGCUGUCCUAUUGUGGCACUGGUUAAGUACCUAUUUAAAAAAAACACAACUAUAACGUGGAUUCAUAGCCAGAUCGUCCCAAUCAGUAAGGUUUCUAGGAACAGCUGGAUAUGGGAGGCAGUUGCAGUCUUGGAAUUCCCUCGGGAAAAGGACCAAACAAUGUGGGAUGCACUGAUCUGAUGGUGGGCCACACAAUCCAGGGAACCUUCCUUCGCUUGUAUUACCCAUGUGAAACCUCUGCAAGCCCUGAACGGCCACCCUGGAUCCCAAAGAAGGAGUAUUUUAAUGGUCUUGCCGACUUUCUUAAAAUCAGCAGAAGCCUGGGUGAUAGAAUUUUUAGUUAUUUGUAUGGGUCAUAUACAGUUCCUGCUGAGUGGAAUGCACCAUUUAAGCCCGGAAACAAAUAUCCAUUAAUUAUUUUCUCUCAUGGACUUGGAGCAUUCAGGAGUCUGUAUUCAGCUGUUUGCAUAGAAAUUGCGUCGCAGGGUUUUAUUGUUGCUGCUGUGGAGCACAGAGAUGAAUCUGCUUCAGCUACAUUCUAUUAUAAAGAUCAAUCAACAGAGCAACAACAUCAAGUGUCGUCUACACCAGAACAUCUUCAAGAGGAAUGGCUGUACUACAGAACGCUGAAACCAGGUGAACCGGAGUUUCCACUCCGGAAUCAGCAGGUACAACAGAGAGCCAAUGAAUGUAUUGGGGCUUUGAAUCUUCUGACUGAUAUAAACGCAGGACAAUCUGUUAACAAUGUGCUAAAUCUACAUUUUGAUUGGUCCAAGCUCAGGGACUCUAUGGAUUUGUGUAGAACUGCGAUCAUGGGCCAUUCUUUUGGAGGAGCUACUGUUAUCCAAUCUCUCUGCAGGGAGACAAAGUUCAAAUGUGGCGUGGCUCUCGAUUCAUGGAUGUUACCAUUGGACGAUGAGGUGUAUGCUAGAGUGACCCAACCCAUACUGUUCAUCAAUUCUGAAAAAUUCCAGUGGUUGGCGAAUAUCAUGAAGAUGAAAAAGCUUGAUGCAAACACUAUACAGAGAAAAAUGAUAACAAUCAAGGGAACUGUUCACCAAAGCUUUCCAGAUUUCACAUUUCUGACUGGCACCUUGAUAGGGAAGAUCUUCAAGCUGAAGGGAGAGAUUGACCCCAACAUAGCCAUAGAUCUGUGCAAUAAGGCAUCAUUAGCAUUUCUUCAGAGACACUUAGAAAUUCACAAUAACUUUAAUCAGUGGGACCCACUAAUCGAUGGGAUGGAUCCAAAUCUUAUUCCAGGCACAAACAUUCAUCUACCUUCUGCAAAUACAGAGUGAAGAGGACCUGUUCUGUAUUUCAAACAGAAAAUACAUUGUGCCUUUCCAUGCAAGAAAAACCAGAGCAUGUUAGCUCAUGCAGUGGGCCAUGCUCUUACCUAAUACCUCAGACUUGUUAGUGCAGUUUGUGUUGCUGUGAACCACGUCUACACUUACCGCUUGAAGAAUCAGCUACUCGCAUAUGAAAUUAACUCUUCCUUCUUUCAAUCAAGAUACCACUGAAAGUUGUUUUACAGUACAGCCUUAUGCUUCUCAACCAUUGUAAGGUUUUCUUGAAUUGUGAAAGCUGUGUUUUACGUUUACUUGCCGACAUGUUUGCAGUCACAAUGGCAGUCACUGACCUAAUGGAACCUGCGCAUGUGUAAAAUAAUGCGUACGGUACAGUACACCUGUAUUUCUUACUUUUUUCAUAAGUAAAUGAUGUGCAACACAAAUAUCUCUUACAAAGUUAAAAUUCUGACCUAUAGUAUUUUUUGUUCUGCUGUUUUAUUGUACCUGAUCAUUUAAAAAAAUAAAAACAAAGUGCAAAAUUUUGGUUUGAUUUGAAGAGAAUUUCUCAGACAAGUAGUAAAAAUGAUCCUCAUAUUGCUUCUGGAAUAAAAAUGUAAUAAAAACAAAACCCAUUAACCUCGAUUUAGGACAACUGUAAAGACAGCCAGAUAUUGCAGAAUGGUGUAGCUUAUGUGGACUGUAAAUGCAAGUUUGGUAAACUGAGCCUUGCAGAAUUUUAAUCAGUGGUCUGAAAAAAAUGAGCGCAAGAGUCCAGAGCGCAAACCAGAUGUAUUUUUCAUGCAUUCUAUUAACUCUAACCCAAAAUUAUAAUACUUUCAUUAGGUAGACUGCACUCAUUUGUAUUGGCCAAUAUUUAUUCCUAUGAUUAAAUCAGUAAAAUAAUGUAGCUGUUAAAUCACCACCACCUGGCCAUCUUGCUCAAGAUAAGACUGGGAAUUUGGCCAACACAGAUUUAAUUAAGGCUUUUUGAGAAACUUUUACUCAUGAGAUUAUUAUACUGGACUUUGGUUUAGUUUAGCAUUGUACCUCUUACAUAAAUACUAAAUAAAAUUGACUAAAUUAAGGGUUAAAUUGUGUGCAACAAUUGUAAGGGUUAUUGUGUAAAAAAUGCAGUACAUACCACUAUAGCAUUUAGUACUUAACCAUUUUAAUAAUCAUUCAAUUGCUGAGGACUGAACUUUUUCAGUACAUGUAAUGUCCGACAACCUUGUGAAGCGGCAACACCCUGAGGAGUUGCUGACUGCCUACAAAAGUCAAGACAGGCAGAGACAUUCAGGGUCUGUGUUGGAGAACAUAAUUAAGGAGAGGGUCUCUCACUCUCUCAUAUCUGGGGAAUGUGUAGGUUGUGGCAAGUAGAGGGUGGGGAUUAGGUUAUAUGUAUUGGUAUACUGGUGCACUCACAGUUGGAGAAGAGGAGAGAAAGCGAACAUCAAUUGUCCAGAUUCUACAGCCAAGUUUUUACAUUAUCUGUUAAUCUGUAUUAGGGCUAGAUCAUAUAGUAAUAGUACAUUUCUCUGUAUAGUUUUACCUGUGUUAAUAAAACCAGAUUAUUGUGAUUUUGAA